AUGGGCCGCUCGACGGUGACGACGCCGCCGCUCACGCCGGGCGAGAGCAAGCGCAACCCGUUCAACCUCAACCUCAAGGACCUCCCGACGCCGCACUUCCACAAGCCGGGCCACUCGCCGAGCGGGCACUCGCCGCGCAAGGAGAUCGGCGAGUACUUUGUGCGCGAGACCGAGGAGGAGCAGGACCGCAAGGCGUGGGAGAAGGAGAAGCGCCGUCGCCGCAAGGCCAAGGCCAAGCGCAAGGAGCAGGAGCGCUUCAUCACGCAGCACGUCGCCGCCAUCCUCGAGCGCCAGCAGUUCAUCAUGAAGCUCGCGCGCGCGUUCAUGAUGUUCGGCGCCCCGUCGCACCGCCUCGAGGCCCAGAUGCAGGCCACGGCCCGCGUCCUCGAGAUCAACUGCCAGGUCAUCUACAUCCCGGGCGUCAUGCUCAUCUCGUUCGGCGACUCGGCGACGCACACGUCCGACAUCAAGUUCUUGAAGCAGGCCAACGGCCUCGACCUCGGCAAGCUCCUGUCGGCCUUCCUCGUCUACUUCAACGUCCUGCACGACCGCGUCUCGGUCACCGAGGCGUCGAGGGAGCUCGACGAGCUCAUGAUCGCCCCGCCCAAGUACAAGCUGUGGCAGCAGCUCAUCAUCGGCGCGUGCGCCGCCGCCUUCAUCCAGCCGUCGGCGUUCUACGGCUCCUUCAUCGACUGCCUCAUGGCCAUGCCGCUCGGCGCCCUCCUCGUCCUCGUCCAGGUCCUCGUCUCGCGCAACGACCUGUACUCGUCCCUCUUCGAAAUCGUCAUUGCCUGCGUCAUCGCCUUCUUGGCCGCCGCCCUCGCCUCGACCAAGUACUUUUGCUUCGCCGCCGUCGUCUCGGGCUCGAUCGUCCUCAUCCUGCCCGGCUACAUCGUUCUCUGCGGGUCUCUCGAGCUCGCCAACCGGUCCAUCAUCUCGGGUUCUGUUCGCCUCGUCUACGCCAUCCUGUACUCGCUCUUCCUCGGAUUCGGCCUGUCGAUCGGCGCCGAGAUCUACCAGCGCAUCACGGGCCUCGACAUUGCCGGGUUCGGCGGCUCUCAGUCGUACACGUGCAGCUCGCUGCGCGGUCCCGGCACGCCGUGGUACAUGGACACGAUCCCGCAGUGGUGGUACUUCCUCACGAUCCCGAUGUUCCUCCUCACGCUCGCCGUGCGCAACGGCCAGCCGCUCUUCCGCAAGGAGACCCCGGUCAUGAUCCUCGUUGGCUCUGCGGGCUUCGUGUCCAACUUCUUCUCGGGCAAGGCGUUCCCCAACCGUGCCGACAUCUCGUCCGCCAUCGGCUCGUUCGCCGUCGGCUUCCUCGGCAACCUGUACGGCAAGUUCACGCGCGGCUCGCCGUUCGUCGUCAUGGUUCCUGGUGUCCUCGUCCAGCUCCCGUCCGGCCUCAGCAACGGCGGCCUGCUCAAGUUCGCCGAGGACACGAGCGACACGAACGCGUUCACGUGCACGGCCGACGGCAACGGCGGCUACACGAACUGCGUCCAGUCCACGAGUGACUCGACGGUGUGGUCGAGCGGCUUCCAGACGGCCGAGAGCCUCGUCGAGGUCGCCAUCGGCUUGACGGUCGGACUCUUUGUCUCUGCGGCACUCGUCAACCUCCUUGGCGGCGGCCGUCGUCGCGGCACCAACCUGUCGUCGUUCUAGGCGACCGGCACCUUGUCGACGCUCAGGCCGGUCCUUCAGCGACGCUCCCCCUCUUUCCUCCCUUCCUCGGCACCGCAAUAGACCCUCGUCCCUCGAUACACCGUACAGCCUCUCACUCGUCGUUCUGGUCGUCCUCGUCCCCCCUCGUCCUUCUCCCUCCCUCGUUCCUGUAUCUUCCCCUCCUCUCCUCGCCGUGCGGCCCUACUCAAGAAGGGCUCGCCUCUUUCACUACACUCUUCGAUCUCGUUUGCUGUCUAGAGCCCUCCCUUCUCCUUAUAACGCCCCGUCACGACGCUUCCGUUCUCUCGUCGGCCUCGCAUGUUCUCUCUCUCGCUCUCUUCCCCCACGGACCCUCUUUCUUUCCUGCAAAGCCAGCAUCAGUGUCCCU